AUGUUGAAUCAGCACCUGAUCAGCACCGGCGACUGGCGAGGGUUUUUAACCAGUCAUUUAAUUAAAAUGACGGUGUUUCACGACGAGGUUGAGAUAGAAGAUUUUGAGUAUGAUGAAGAAACAGAAACAUAUUAUUUCCCUUGUCCAUGUGGUGACAGAUUCGCGAUAACGAAGGAGGAUCUUGAGAAUGGUGAAGAAGUGGCCACCUGUCCGAGCUGCUCACUAAUAGUAAAAGUAGUCUAUGAUAAGGAGCAGUUCAUGUGUGAAGAAGUAAUUGAAGCACCAAAAACGUCAGACAACAAACUAGAGCUGGCCCAGAGCUGAGACAUCGACACGACGACUCCACCUGAUUCUUUGCUCUGAGAAUGGACUUAAUACUUAAUAUGCACGUCUUUUCACAGUUACUCACUACAUAUGCAGAUCUUUUGUGUGGAACCUGACUGGAUAUUGAUACGUUUUGCGCCAAGAUUUUGCACAUGAAGUACUUUUCGGUUAAAGCUAUUUAUUU